UUAAGGGGAACCAUGACAGUUUGUACCGCACAGUUGCAUGCUUGUAUGCCGUAACAUUAUUUAAGCUACCGACUUUUACUUGCUGUAACCUCAUCGUUCUCCAAACCGUGGAUGAGGAAGCCGAAAUGACUGUCAGAGUGAACUGACACUCCAACAUCAAGCUCGGCAGCUAAUCUUUUUAACGGAGACGGUGGGCUGCUCGACAUCUUUUCUCCAGAGAUCGCUGUCACUCCCCAAUGGAGUGACAACCGCAACGACAGUCCAGCAUCAUUCAGUGUCGGCCAGAGGUAGCAGCUGGAGCUCUCAAGUGGCCUCGACCCUGCUUCGCUGGAGCCUGUUAAUUCCUUCUUCAACACACUGGGAAUCAACAAUGCCUGCGGACCCCCUGCCUGAACGCCCAGUGUGCAUUGGUGAUUUGGUGUUCGACAUCUUGCAACCAAAGCACCUUUCCAAAAACCCCUGACUGACCAGUGUUUGUGGGCGUCACCCUACUUUUGGUUCCACGUCCUGGCCUCCUGCUGUUGUUUAACACUUUCUCGUCUUCUCAUAAGAGGAGCAGGAUGCCUUUAGUGGUUAGAGAAACAUCUCCGGCUGGAUAGGUAUAAUGCAAGCAUGCGUCCUGCUGGAGUUUACUUGAGUGAGGCACUAAUUCCACACCAGCUUUCAGGAGUGCUUUGCAGUGGACUUGGACCUCUGAACUCUCUGUAGAUACGGACAGUGGGAAAGAGAAUCUCCCUGCGAUAAUCAAGUAAUUAUCACUUAAUUGGCAUAGCCACAGCCCCCAAAAAAGACCUUCCACCUCAGACUGAGCAUCUGCAGCUCCCCUCCCUUUCGCCACCGCAGUACCAUGCUGGGUGCGCUCUUGCGGAGGAACAUGUCCCAGAAGUUGAGUGUGCUGCUUCUGGUAUUCGGCCUGGCGUGGGGACUUAUGCUGCUGCGCUACACUGUGCAGCAGCCUCGCCAUCAGAGCAGCGCCGAGCUACGUGAGCAGAUCCUGGAGCUCAGCCGGCGAUACGUCAAGGUUCUGACAGAGGAGAACCAGAAUUCACCAGGUGGGCCACAGGGGACGUCCAUGGCUGGUUAUGCUGAUCUGAAGAGGACUAUUGCUGUGCUACUGGACGACAUUCUGACUCGGCUGGUCAAACUGGAGGGCAAAAUCGAGUUGGCAGUCAAUGCCUCCUCCACUAACACCUCCCGCACAGCAGGGGGCAUUCUUGCCUCUGCUCCCGCUGCCUUACUGAAACCUUUAAAGAAAGAGUCCCCCGGCAGCCACCCAGAGACAUCGCGCCUUCACCCACACGUCCCUAGUAGGCCUCGGCCACAUCAAGGAGCAUAGUCUUUAAAGAUGUAUUGGUUUUUUUUAUUUUUAGCACAUCACACUUUUCCAGCAUUUAUCACUGAUGUCACAACAUCAGAGAAACGAAAAGCAAUAGUGAGACAUAUGGACAUCCAGAAACUUCACAUUUGGGAUGCUUCUUAGAAAUGUUCAGCCAACUCAGAGGGAAGAAGGGGGACUUUAUGCUCUGUCCUCCCAUAUGCUGAAAUUUAUUUAUUUUUUACCAAAACUAUCAAGCACAUUUUUUUUAUAUAUUUGCAUUGCUCAUUUUAUUUAGCUUAGAUUUUAGCAAUUUUUUUAUAAUGCAAUAUUUGGAUCAUAUGACUGUUUAAGUAAAUGCAGAGAGGUAUAAAUACUCUUGGAACUGAACCAGAUUCUCAUACGCUUUGUCAUAAAAAUGGCUUGAAGUGCUCCUCUAUCUACGUUGUAAACUAUUUUACUAUACUGCUUCAAUAUAUCUAAAUGCUGAACUAAAAUGUAGUACACUCUAUGAUAGUUAGCAGUCCUAUUUGUCAGUUUUUAGCUGGUGCAGUUGCUAGUUACUGUAUGAAGAAGACUCUACUUUUAGCUUACACGUAGUUUUAGGAAUAAUUAAACUGAAUAGGUCGCCUGGAAGAGAUAAUCCAAAGAAUGUUAUUUGCACUCUAUCUGCAGGCAGUAUAUAAUUGUUUAUUUACAAUUACUGCACGACAGUUUGAGGUUUAUGCAUAAGAUGAUUGGAUGAUGCCAAUUUGCAACUGUAAACGUGAGCGUGUGUGUGUGUGCUUUGUCUCAGAUGAAAUCGAAUGGUUCCCCUUGACCAGGGUUGACACAGUGUUUUAACUUAAGUGUGUAGCAUAUUGAAUGUACUGUGCAGUCGGUCUUAAGCCCUUUAGUGCUGUUAAGAUUACUGAGCUACUGCUUACACAUGUUCAGGGUUCAUGUUGCACUGUGACUCUAUAGAGAUUUUCUAAAAAUACUGGGCUCUUCCAACUAUGACUGAAGGGAUAUUUUAGGAGGGUGGGCGUCAGGCUCUGGAAUAUUCAUUCCUUUAACCUUUCUGAUGGUCCCGAGUAGGGUUUCCAUAAUACUGAGAAAGUCUGGCGCCUGCCCAAAGGAAGAUCUUUAAUUUGCACAUCAUGAUGGUAAUUAACAUGAUGAUUUUGUGCGUCAAGUAAGAUGGGCAAUACUUUCAUCAAUACUACUUGAUGAUACAAUUGAAUGAGACAAAGUCAAUGUGGGUGGCAUAAUAAACUAUGAGGGGGAAAAUGUUUUAUAACGUUGCUUACAUAUUACAGACUUAACUAUACGUGAAGGCCUUUAGACUGAAUUAUCAAACUGGUUUGACUGUGUCUGCAUUGAGUAAUGCCAUAACUGUACUUUGAUUCAUAAUGCUAAAGUAGAUAAGCUGGUGAGCCAGGCAACUGCUGUGAGAUAGCUUUACUAAUAAAUUGACCUUAUGCUAA